UCUAAUGCAAAGACUCCCAAGCCACAGAGAUCUCCGUCCGCAAGGAGGCUUUUUCCCAUUUCUUUCCCUUCCACUUUAAUUCCAAACUCAAAAAGGCAGAUUAAUCUGGGCUUAAAAGAAGUUUUAGGAGAAAUAAUCUGCAAACCCCAGAGCCCUGGGACAUUGUUGGAAUAAGACUUUUAGUGUUUUGGACAGUAAAAGUUGUUUUCUCUUUUCUUUUAUUCUUCCAAAUCCCUUCCCCCUUAAAUGAUCAUUUCUUGCAGUCAUUUUCUCGUUUUCUUGUUUGUUUCAAGAGCAUAAGUGUUAUAGAAAAUAGUCAUUAACAUAUCUUGCUAUAGAAAGCGAUGAUUGGGCCUUCUAUUUGCAAACUAGAAUGAACAAGGAAACAAAUAAUUCUACUUUCUGACAGGUGCUGGUUUACUUCCUCUGGCUGAGCUGUUGUUCCUGAGGUCAGCCCCCAGCCAGUCUUUUGUGUACGGGCAGGACCAUGGUGGCUUUAGUUCCCACCCCACCCUUCCUAGGAACUCUACCUGUGGCAAACGGAUGUUGAGGCUUACAAAGCAGCCCGCCCCACUCUUAUAAAUGCAAGAAAAGCCAAGAAGGAAGGAGCAAGCUGGGAUGAAGCUAUCUGGGCCAAAGUGACCUGAAAACCAUCGGAGAAGAAGCCGCUGGCUGGGAGGGAGGGUGUGUGGCUCCGGCGAGACCACCAGCUUGGAGGACUGGCUAGCAGCUGCACGUUCUGAGUCUGUUUGGGUGUUCUCGUGUGGCUAUGAGAUCCAAGAGGCACCUGUCACUGCUGCUGCUUCUCGUGCUGCUGCUGCGGCUGCUGCAGGGAAAGAGCUACCAGACUCUACGGCGAUCCAAGAGAAGAUGGGUUAUCACCACCGUGGAGCUGGAGGUAGAAGACCCAGGACCCUUUCCCAAACUCAUUGGUGAGCUGUUCAAUAAUAUGUCUGAUAACAUGUCACUAAUGUAUCUAAUCAGUGGACCCGGUGUGGAUGAAUAUACAGAGAUUGGUUUGUUUUCUCUAGAAGAUCAUGAGAAUGGAAGGAUAUAUAUUCACCGCCCUGUGGAUCGAGAAACAACACUGUCUUUCACGGUUUGUUUUGAUGUUGCGGAUCGCUCAACAGGAAAAAUUGUGGAUAAAUCCUUAAUUUUCAACAUUAGGAUCAGUGAUGUGAAUGAUCAUGCACCCCAGUUUCCAGAGAAGGAAUUUAACAUCAUUGUGCAAGAAAGCCAGUCUGCAGGUCAACCUAUUUUUCAGAUGUUAGCAGUUGAUUUGGAUGAAGAAAACACUCCAAAUUCUCAAGUCCUUUACUUCCUUGUUUCUCAAACACCACUACUGAAAGAAAGUGGUUUCCGGGUUGAUCAUGUUAGUGGAGAAAUAUGACUCUCCGGAUACUUAGGUUAUGAGACUGCUCCUCAGUUUACACUGCUAAUCAGAGCCAGGGACUGUGGAGAACCAUCACUGUCAUCCACGGCCACCGUUCAUGUGGACGUGCAGGAAGGCAACAACCACAGGCCCGCAUUUACUCAGGAGAACAUGAGCCACCUGGGCUGCCCCAAUUAUAAGGUUCAGAUUCCUGAAGGCCGAGUCAGCCAGGGCGUGCUGCGUCUCCUGGUUCAAGAUCGAGAUUCUCCAUUUACAUCAGCUUGGAGAAUAAAGUUCAACAUCUUGCGUGGCAAUGAGGAGGGACAUUUUGACAUUUCGACUGACCCUGAGACCAACGAAGGGGUAUUACAUGUUAUCAAGCCUUUGGAUUACGAGACUCGCGCAGUGCAAAGCCUCGUCAUUGCCGUGGACAAUGAGGAGCAGCUCUUCUUCUGUGAGAGGGGAAAGCUUCAGCUGCCAAAGAAGGCCACAGCAAGUGCCACUGUGAGUGUGCAGGUGGCAGAUGCCAAUGACCCACCAGCCUUUCACCCCCAGGGCUUCAUUGUUAGUAAAGAGGAGGACGCUGGACCUGGGACCCUGUUGGGAACUUUUAAUGCUAUGGAUCCAGACAGCCAGAUAAGGUGAGAAGAGAGGAUAUAACUGAUUCAUGACCCAGCAAAUUGGGUCAGUGUUGAUGAAAACUCUGGAGUGGUCACCACCGUGGAGUCAAUUGACCAAGAAGCCCCUCCUGUAAAUGACAGUUUUUAUAUGAUCAUUGUUCACGCUGUUGAUGAUGGCCUCCCACCGCAGACUGCUACGGGGACCCUAAUGCUCUUCCUGUCUGACAUCAAUGACAACGCCCCAACUCUCCUGCCCCAUUCCCGCUACAUGCAGGUCUGUGAGUCUGCCGUGCAUGAGCCCCUCCACGUCGAGGCAGAGGAUCCGGACCUGGAGCCCUUCUCGGACCCAUUUACAUCUGAACUGGACAACACCUGGGGAAAUGCAGAGGACACGUGGAAGUUGGGGAAAAAUUGGGGUCAGUCAGUUGAACUUUUAAUCUUGAGGAGCCUGCCACAUGGUAAUUACUUGGUGCCACUCUUCAUUGGCGACAAACAGGGACUUUCCCAGAAGCAAACUGUCCAUGUGGGGGUCUGCCCCUGUGCCAGUGGGCUCACGUGUGUGGAGCAUGCGGAUGCAGGAGUGGGGCUUCUUGUGGGGGUUCUGUCCCCUGUGUGUGCAGCAUUUGUGGCUCUGGCAGUGGCUCCGCUUUUCCUGCUGCGAUACUGUUUUGUGCUUGAAUCCAAGAGGCGCGGAUGCUCAAUCUCCAAUGGCAAAGGCCAUCAAACACUGGUCGCGUAUAAUGAGGAGAGCAAAGCCACUUCAGCCCAGACAUGGUCAGAUGUUGAAGGCCAGAGGCCGGCUCUGCUGAUUUGCAUGGCUGCAGCGACAGCCACACAGGGAGCUAAGGAUCUCUAGGAAGUGCCUCUGUCUGCACCGAGUAGGCCAGCCCAAGCACGCUCUGCUCUGGGGAGUUGGGUGAGUUCCAGAAGAGGUUAUGGAGAGCUCUUUGAGCCAACAGGUGUGAAAAACAUAUAUUCUACUCCCAUAAGUACAGAUGCUUACCCAGAUUCCACAGUGCACAGACAGCUCCUGGCACCGGUGGAAGGAAGGAUGGGCGAGACACUGAGUCAGAAGCUCCAUGUUGCGGAUGUGCUGGAAGACGACCCCAGCUACCUGCCUCAUGUCUGCAGUGAGGUGGGGGAGUGUGGAGGGGCCCCAUCCCUCAGCUCUCUGGCCAGCUCGGAACAGGAGCUGCCUCCUGAUUAGCUGGACUCUUUGGGCUCAAAAGCGACGCCAUUCGAGGAAAUACAUUCAGAGUCGGGCGUUCCUUUCUAAAACAGUGCAUAUUUUGGAGAAUUGAAGUAAUUCAUGGAGGGGAAUCAGUAUUCCAGGAUUUUUCACCUUUGUUCUUCCUUUCCCUCCUUAA